GCAAAGAAGAGAGAGAGAGAGCAAACUUGGUCCCUUUUUCUGAUCUCUCACAUUAUCCACUUCCACAGUUCCAGCCGUACUACCUUUACUCUCUUUCUUUUCUAUGGCUGAUGGGUAAUUACUAUAACUUACCCAACAAGAAUGCAUCAGAUCCACGCUUUCUCGCUCUCUCACUCUAUAUCUAUAUGUUCCUCUUCCUCUAUUCCCACACGGCGUCGUUUCGUCACCAAACCCUCUCCUUACAAACCCAAUCUCAAGCCACUCACCUCCCGCGUUGUCCAACUCACUCGUCGAAGACAACUUCAUAAGAUAUUAGAGGAGAUCGAGGUUGCAAAGAAACGGCACGGGAAGCUGAACACAAUCGUGAUGAACGCGGUUUUGGAAGCCUGUGUUCACUGCGGCGACAUUGCUUCUGCGCUUAAGAUUUUCGCUGAUAUGUCACUCCCACACGGUUGUGGCGUUGACACUAUAUCUUACUCUACACUCUUAAAGGGGUUGGGUCUGGCUCGAAGAAUCGAUGAAGCAUUUGAAUUACUAGAAUCUGUGGAGCAAGGCACUGCUGUGGGGAAUCCAAAGCUCUCUGCACCACUUAUCUACGGCCUGCUUGAUGCUUUGAUUGAAGCUGGAGAUUUACGCCGUGCUAAUGGUCUUCUUAGACGAUAUGGUUUUGUGCUUCGUGAAGGCGGUAAUCCUUCAGUCUCAGUGUAUAACUUAUUAAUGAAGGGAUAUAUAAACACUGGCCAUCCUCUGGCCGCUAUAGCCGUGUACGAAGAGAUAUUGCGUUUAGGGUUAAAGCCUGAUAAGCUCACCUAUAAUAAGCUAAUCUAUGCUUGUGUCAAGACUGACAAAUUGGACAUAGCAAUGCACGUGUUGGAGGAAAUGAAGGACAGAGCACAGAAAUUUGGCCAUGAUGAUCUUUUCCCUGAUGUUGUCACCUAUACAACAUUACUUAAGGGUUUUGCACUUUGCAAGGAUCUGCUUUCACUUCAGAAGAUUGUAUUGGAAAUGAAAUCAUGUCAUAAUUUGCUAAUAGAUCGAACUGCAUACACUGCAAUAGUUGAUGCAUUGCUAAAUUGUGACGCAUUCAAGGAUGCUCUUUGUAUAUUUGGAGAAAUGCUAAAGCAGGCUGGCAGAAAUUCAGACUUGCGACCGAAGCCUCAUCUCUAUCUUUCCUUGAUGCGUGCUUUUGCUGGUAGAGGAGAUUAUGAUAUGGUCAAAACCCUGCAUAAACGCAUGUGGCCGGAUACUGCUGGAACUAUCUCCCUGACAAGUCAAGAAGAAGCUGAUAAUCUUCUCAUGGAAGCAGCUUUAAAUGAUGGCCAGGUUGAUGAGGCUGUUGAACAUCUAACAAAUAUCAUUAAAAGAUGGAAGGGAAUAUCAUGGACAAGUCGAGGAGGCUUGGCUGCUCUGCGCUUAGAGGCUUUGUUGGGAUUCACCAAAUCCAUGUUCAGUCCUCAUCUACUGCCUCAGGUUUCCAGCUUGUCUCUCUGUUUCUCAAAUUGCGGAAUGUUCAUAAGGUUGCCUGAGUACACCAUUUCUCUUCAGGUAUCACCAGAUGAACCAAUUGAGAGUAUUAUGAUUCCUUUUGAAGCAUCUCGGCCUCUACAUGGUACUCUGGCCUUGAAGAAGGUGGUUAUGCGCUUCUUAAAAAAUCCAGUUGUGCCUAUAAUUGAUGACUGGGGCAGCUGCGUAGGACUAUUGCAUCGUGAAGACUGCAAUGAGUUGGAUGCGCCACUCUCAACAAUGAUGAGAAGCCCACCUCCUUGCGUAACAAUCAUGACAUCUAUUGGUCAUGUGGUUGAUCUAAUUUUGGAAAAGAGAUACAAAAUGGUUAUUGUUGUAAGAUAUAGCAACAUAUAUGGUACUCCUUACAGCUCAGGCUCAAGGGCCUUUGGAGUUUUUACAGCGGAACAAUUGUGUAGGCUUGUAACGUCAAUAUCAGAGUUGCCUGGGCAAACGCUUUCAGUCUGUAGAAGAAUGUAAAUAUUUGAUGAUAUAUUUUUGUUUUUGUCUUCUUUUUUUCCCCCUCUUC